AUGCAGGAUCAGCAGACAAACCAUGGCCACAAUUUUAUAUCAUCAAAAGGUCUCAAGAUCAUACAAAUAAACCUAGGCAGGCCAAAAGCGGCAACAGAUAACCUCCACCCAAUGGCAGCAAAACUCCAACCAGACAUAAUAGCUAUUCAAGAGCCAUAUCAAAACAAUGACCGAAUAAAAGGAAUACCAAGCUCCUGGUCAUUGUUUUGUUCAACAUCAAAAAAAGCAGCAAUAGCCAUUCCAAAACCCACCAUCAAAAUAGCAAUUAUUGCAAUCAAGAUAAACACAAUAGCAAUUAAAAUUCAAACAACCUCACAACGGACAACAAUAAUCUCAGCCUACUCAUCUCCAGCCUCCAACAUUCAAGAAACGCUCCAAGAAUUACAACAGAUAAUUAACACCUUGCCAAGGGAACAAAUCAUUAUCACAGCUGACCUAAACGGGCAUAACAACCUCUGGGGUUAUGAACACAAUGACCUCAGAGGAAACCAAAUACUAGACUUCGCCCUCGGAUGCAGUCUGUAUAUCAUCAACAAGCAAGAUGCUCCUCCAACCUUUUCCCACUGCAGAAAAAGAGGAUGGCCGGACCUCACCCUCUGCAGCCAAAACCUGAUAGACACCAUUUCUAAAUGGGAAGUGCUAGAAGAGCCGUCCCUCAGUGACCAUAAAUUCAUAGAAACAACAAUAGCUAUCAACCAGCAGAGCUCCAUAACAACAAGAUUUAAAACAAAACACGGAAACCAUAGAAAAAUGCUAAAUCAUCUCCUACCACACGUAAUCAAAAUUCAACAAGCAAUUAACAAAAGCAACACUCCACGGCAAUUAAACGAAACAACUAUCAUCUUGCAAGAAUAG